AUGAACAGAUCACAACAAAUUGAAGAACUUAUUCAACAAAAUAAUAAAGAAAAACUUCAAGAAAUAUUAAAUCAAUUACUUGUUGAUGUUAAGGAUAGGAAAAAAUCACAAAUACUUUGUCAAGAAAAUAUUCAACAAACUCUUAUUCAUCAUAUUACUGAAUUUAAAACAAGAAAUUUAGAAUUACUAGUAGUUGAUAUUAUUUACAACCUUGUUAAACGUCCUAGUCUUGGACAUUAUUUUACUCCUGAACUUUCACAUGAAAUAAUUUCAACAUCAUUAUAUACUAUAAAUUUUGAUAUUCUAAGAUCUCUUACUAGAACACCAGAACAAUGUGAAGUUAUUUCUGAUCUUAUUCCACAAAUUAUUGACCAUAUCCACAAUGUUUCAUUAAUUGAAAAUACAUUUGUAUGUUAUUCUAUUGCUAAUUUAUCAAAGAAAUAUGCAAAUCAAUUUAUUUCUGUGUUUAUUGAUGGGGUUAAUACAUUAUGUUCAUCUGAUAUUUCAACAAUAAAAGAAGAAAAUUUAUUUGCUCUUGGAGAAGCUUUUAUUUCAUUGUCUCAAAACUUUACAGAUAAAAUCAAAAUUGCCUCUCAAGUUGAUGAAAAAUUAGUUUCAUUAAAGAAUAAAUAUAAAUCAAAUGCUAUUUUAUGUAAUAUAAUAAGAGAUAUAAUCCAAUUCUUAACAAAAUAA